AUGGGCUCCAUGAUUGAUGCCUGGGAUAACCCAACCAACAAAGACUGGCCGGCGGAUCAAUACUGGCACCCCUGGGAUAUUUCCCCACAUUCAUACCUCAACUGGACAGAGGAGUAUGGCCUCCACCCCGGCAGUGGAUACUUCAUCACCAUUUACCUCAUGAUGCUCGUGAGACCUGUGAUCCGUGAUUGA